UUCACCUUUCAAGCGCGUGCAUAAUGCCGUUCAGUUGCAUUAACGGAACGGCAGCGGGCAACACUCUCAUAUCGAGACUGUGGAGAACGAGGACGUCAUAGAAACCUAGUUAGUGCAGUACUAAUGCAAAAACAUACUUUUGAAGUCUCAACAGUGCAACGCAGUUGGAUAUAACUGUUAUUUUCCCUUCUUAUGCCAUGAAGAACAUUCUCCUCAAGCUGUGGAUCUUCAUCGCUCCAGCUGUCUUCCUCCCUUCGCUCCGCGCUGCCGAGGAUGAGUACUACACCUGGAAACCGGACUUUUACGAUUACGGCAAAAAAACACAGUGCAUGGACAUUCCCGAGGACCUGAAGUUGUGUUUUAAUGUGGGCUACCACCAAAUGCUGCUUCCCAAUUUGCUGGAGCAUGAAACCAUAGCGGAGGUGAAGCAGCAAGCGGGCAGCUGGGUUCCUCUGGUGCACAAAGCCUGUCACCCCGGCACGCAAGUGUUCCUCUGCUCGCUCUUCGCCCCCGUGUGCCUCGACGCACCCAUAUAUCCGUGCCGCUGGCUGUGCGAGGCUGUCCGGGACAGUUGUAGCCCUAUUAUGCAGGCGUUUGGGUUCCCUUGGCCUGAAAUGCUCAACUGUGACAAGUUUCCCCUGGACGAAGUGUGCCUUUCUAUGAACACCACCAGCAGCAAUGAUACGGACACAUCCCCAGGUGUCCCGUCUGUUUGUCCGCCAUGUGACAAUGAGAUGAACACAGAUGCAAUUUUGGAACACAUGUGUGCCAGUGAAUUUGCAAUCAAGACGAAGAUUAAGGAAGUAAAAACAGACAACUUAGACCGAAAAGUCAUUCUGCAAAAAAAGAGGAAGCCGGUGAAGCGUGGAAAUCUGAAAAAGCAGGACCUAAAAGAGCUUGUACUUCACCUGAAAAAUGGAGCAGACUGUCCAUGCCAACAACUGGAAAACUUAAAGAGCAACUACUUAAUCAUGGGCCGCAGUGUUGGGAAACAGUAUAUAUUGACAGGCAUUCAUAAGUGGGACAAUUCUAGCAAAGAAUUUAAGAAGGCCCUUAAAAAACUUAAAAGCCAUAAAUGUCCAGCUUUUGAGACAGUGUUCAAGUGAUUUUUGAUCAGUUGGUUGCUAAUCUUUGUGAACUUUCCAUUAUAGCAUUAUAUUCGAUUUUACAUUACAGUACAGUAUAGAAAGGAACCAUAGAUGCAACAAUCCAAAUAGUUAGUUUGUUUGCCCAAUAAAUGUCUGAAUACAUACAAUCAAGUGCCAUUUAGUUCACUUUUUAAAAAGUUCUUGAACAUUUCUAACCAACCCAAGUACAAAACACAGUUAUUCACAUUUAUUUACAUUCCAUUAUGCUACAAGUCAGUUGAGUGAGUUCUGCUUUUGCAAACACUGCCUUAUGGUAUAUCUUAAUGUUUUUCUGGUGGAAUAAUAUCUAUAUCCAUGCAAUCUGUUAAUAAUGUUUGUUUUAUAAUAUCCAUCACAGCUAUCAGGUAUUCAGUAAAAUACAUAAGACAUGCAAUAAAGAGAUUUUCUGACAGUUUGUUAUUGCAUAGGAUGCAAAUCACAGUUAAUCAUGCGGUGGAAGGUGUAUAGCAUGCCUGAGGACUUGCACAAUGCACUGUAAUCAUUUAACAUUAAAAGAGAAAAUAUUUUUAAUA